AUGCCGGACGGCAGGGAGCGACCAAUUAGUUUUAUCUCAAGAACAUUAGUGCCGGCGGAAAACAACUAUUCCGUCACUGAUAAAGAGGCUUUAGCAAUUUAUUGGUCGGUCAGGAAAUUAUUUCAAUAUUUACAAAAUCAAAAGUUUACUAUUAGAACUGAUCAUAAGCCAUUAAUUGGGAUUUUAGGAGAAAAUAAAAAUAUACCGACCAUGGCUUCAGCUAGGUUUCAGAGAUGGGCAGUUUUCUUGGCCGGAUUUCAGUAUACACUCGAGUAUAUCCAGGGAAACGAUAAUUGUACUUCGGAUUUACUAUCGAGAUUACCUAUAAAAGGGAAAUAUGUCGUUUCGGUUGAUAGUGAACCGCAGAGCACAUAUAUGGCAUUUAUUGAAUCCGAGUAUUUUCCGAUAAACCAUAAUACGAUUAAAUUACAAUCUAAUAGGGAUAAAGUCAUUAGCAAAGUAUACUAUUAUGUGACUCAUGGGUGGCCGAAAUCGAUUAGUGAUGAUAUCAAGCCGUAUAAGGACAGGCACACCGAUUUAUCUGUUGAGCAAGGCUGUUUAAUGUUAGGAUACAGAGUGGUAAUACCGAGUAAAUCACGUAAACAAAUUUUAGACGAGUUACACAGUACGCAUUUAGGUAUAGUAAAAAUGAAAGCAGUUGCGAGAUCGUAUGUUUGGUGGCCUAAGAUUGACGCACACAUAGAAAAUUUAGUUAAAUCCUGUAAGUAUUGUAUGCAGUUAAGACAAAAUCCAAAGAAGUCAGAGCUAAUUCCAUGGAGCAGACCGAGCGGUGUAUGGCAGAGAAUACACAUAGAUUUUUUCGGUCCGUACCAUAAUAGUUAUUUUUUGGUAGUUUUAAAUGCGUAUUCGAAGUGGUUGGAGGUAAAAGAGAUGAGAAAAAUAACGACGGACAACACUAUUGUGGAACUGCGGGAGAUAUUUGGUAGAUGGGGGUUACCUGUAACAUUAGUGUCGGAUAACGGCGCUCAAUUAACGUCACAUAUAUUUACAACGUUUUUAAAAAGUAAUGGCAUAGUUCACUUACGCACAGCUCCGGGACACCCAGCUACAAACGGUGCGGCAGAAAAUGCGGUUAAAACAACAAAGCAUGCCUUAUCAGCUGCUUUAGCGGAUAAUAAAAAUAAAAAUGUACCCAAAUCAGUCAUAUUAAACAAAUUUCUAUUAGGUUAUAGAAAUGCGCCACAUUCUACUACAGGUGAGUCUCCGUCAGUUUUGAUGUUGGGUAGGAAAUUACGUUGUAGAUUAGAUUUGUUGUAUAAAUCGGAUGAGGAAGUGGUGCGUGAAAAGCAAGAUAAGUCAAUUAAAAAUUACAAUGGCAGUCAGAAUAAAAUAUUUAAGGAAAGUGACGAGGUGAUGAUUAAAUUUUACAAACAAGGGGGUAAGGAAUCUUGGAUAAAAGCUAUAGUGAAGAAAGUACUAGGUACUAAGAGAUAUGAAUGCGAAUCGAACGAUGGUAAAACAUUUAUUAGACACGUUGAUCAAAUUAUUGAUGCUACAAUAGUUGAAACGGACUCACAAAAAUAUGAUAGCGAAAAUGAGGUAGUUAAUUCCACGGUUAGGAACGAUAAUAAAAUUAAAAAAAGAAUGAUAAACGUACCAAGCAAAUUAAAAGAUUUCAUUUUAAAUUAA